AUGAGGGCUGGUGUUGAUGUCUUUGCUCUUGACUAUGAUGCUAUUAUUGCUGCCAUGUAUGCAUUGACUGUUAGUGCCGAGGGAGACUGUUACUUGUGUGUGCCGCCUGACCCAGGUAUAGAGCCCGCUGCCCUGGGUACUAGUGAGUCUGCUCUCUCUGGUAUGGUGCCCCCUGUACUUGCUCCCCCCAGUGCUGUCCCGGCUAGUUUCGAGUCUGCUCUCUCAGGUGCUUCCCGUUGCUUCUUUCGUGACAGUACUGAGCUCACACCGCUUCCUGCACCGGUCCCAGUCUCCUUGGCUGACCCCUCUGGGGGCCCAGUCCUUGCCCAGUCCACCACUGUCCUCCCUUGUCCGGCGGUUCCGUCUGGCUCGUUGUCGGGUUUCCACCUCCCCUCGUUCUCGACGAACCUGGUGAGCAACGCUGUCCUCCAGGAUCAGUGGGUUGACACCUUUACCCCUGGCGGACAGCGUGUGGCGAUCUGCACGUGCUCCAGGACCGGCCGUCACCUGGCUACGUUUACCCGUCGGCCGGGGUCGAGUCUCUACACACUGACCACUGCGUCUCCCCAGGUAGCUGCUGUCGGUCAGGUGUCUGCGUCAGGUCUGGUGGCCCACGCCUGUGAGUGUCGUUCCCUGUCGCACCAGACUCUUCUCUGGCACCACCGCCUGGGUCACCCCUCCUUGCCACGCCUUCGUGGCAUGCACCGUCGCCUCCUUGUGUCCGGUCUUCCCAGGUCCCUCCCUCCCCUCCCUGCCUCGCCUGCGCCGCCUUGCCUUCCUUGCGUCGAGGGGCGGCAGCGCGCCGCUCCUCACUCCUCCUCGUUCCCCCCGACAGAGGCUCCUCUGGAGACCCUCCACCUGGACGUGUGGGGCCCAGCCCGCGUUCGUGGUCAGGGCGGUGAGCGGUACUUUUUGCUGGUUGUCGACGACUACUCGCGUUACACCACGGUCUUCCCCUUGCGCACCAAGGGUGAGGUCCCUGCUGUUCUGAUCCCUUGGAUCCGCACCGUUCGUCUCCAGCUCCGCCGCCGUUUCCGGACGGAUCUUCCUGUCCUGCGUCUGCACUCUGACAGAGGUGGUGAGUUUUCCUCCGAUCUCUUGAGGACCUUCUGUCAGGCGGAGGGCAUCGAGCAGACCUUCACGCUUCCGGACUCCCCACAGCAGAAUGGGGUUGCUGAGCGCCGCAUUGGCCUGGUCAUGGAGGUCGCUCGUACCUCCUUGGUCCACGCGGCGGCUCCCCAUUUUCUGUGGCCGUUUGCUGUCCGGUACGCCGCGCAUCAGCUCAACCUCUGGCCCCGUGUCUCCUUACCGGAGACCUCGCCCACACUGCGUUGGACGGGGGAGGUUGGCGAUGCGUCGCGCUUCCGGGUGUGGGGUGCUCGUGCCCUUGUCCACGAUACGUCCGCGGACAAGCUCUCCUCCCGCACGCUUCCCUGUGUCUUCCUUGGCUUUGUCCCUGACGCGCCUGGCUGGCAGUUUUACCACCCCACCUCGCGCCGGGUCUUCGCCUCUCAGGAUGUCACCUUUGACGAGUCGGUCCCUUUUUACCGUCUCUUCCCCUACCGCACUGCCCCCCUCCCUCCCCCGCCGCUUUUCCUUGCUCCUGGUCCCCCUCCGGUAGACCCCCUUCCCCCUCAGGGUCCUGCUCCUUCAGGUGUCUCUCAGGUAGACCCUCCUCCCGUCGCUGAGCCUGUCGAGGUCACAGGUGACUCAGGUGCUGCUGCGGGUGGUGCUGCUGGGAGUGCUGAGCCUGGGGGUGCUGAGCCUGGGGGUGCUGGGCCUGGGGGUGCUGGGGCUGCAGGUGCUGGGACUGAGGGUGCUGGAGCUGAGGGUACGGUGCCUGAGAGUACGGAGCCUGGGGGUGCUGCGCCUGGGGGUGCUGAGCCUGGGGGUGCUGCGACUGGGGGUGCUGAGCCUGCGGGUACUGAGCCUGCGGGUACUGAGCCUGGGGGUGCUGCUACUGAGCCUACGGAGCCUCGGGUUACUGCGUCUGGGGGUGCUCCGGUUCGGGGUGCUGAGCAGUCUCUCACACCGCAGCAGCUUCGUGACUGGUACGUCCGACGCUUUCGCCGUCCUAGUGGCUCGGCUGGAGUUUGGGGUGCUGGAGCUGCUCGUCCUGGGGGUGCUCGUACUGGGGGUACUGGAGCUGCCGGGACUGGCUGUUCUGGGAGCACUGCGACUGGAGCUGCUGGAGCUGGGGACUCUGGCGCUGGCGGUGCUAGCGGAGUUGGAGCUGCCGACUCUGGGGGUGGCGCUGCUGCUGGUGCUGCGGACCCACCUGGUGGAGCUGCUGCUGGUGCUGAGGAGUCGGACGGUGGAGCUGCUGCUGGUGCUGUGGACCCGGACGCUGGAGCUCCUACUGGUGCUGAGGACCCGGCCGCUGGAGUCCCUUCUGCUUCUGGAGACGCUGCGCGGCCGCGACCGUACUUCGUACCGCUCCUUCAGCAGGUUCUUGGGCAGGCUCCUCCUCCUUGUCUUCCUCCCUCCGUAGAGUGUCCUCCGCCUGUCCAGCCGCAGUCACAGUUACCGCCUGCCUCGCCUCUCCCUGCUCCCUCUCCUUAUACUGGUCCCACAGGAGGUCUUACAGAGCGUCGUGAGCCUGAGUCUCGUCCUGCGUCGCCUGUUCGUCGUGCUCGCACUGGUAGUCGUGUCCGUCGUGAGCGUCCUCCUCCUGUCCCAGGCACUCACUACAUGACUCUGCGUCCCUCUACUGCUCCUCGGCGUGUCCCUCUACCGUCUCCUCCUGCGUCCUCUUUGCCUGCCGUUCCGGACCCUGAGUCUGACCGGUAUCGCGCUGAGCACCCUACAGUCACGCGUCUCCUCGCUACUGUUGUCACUGACCCUACCUUUGAGUCCUCGGCUGCGUCUGCUCUGGUCGCUGAGUUGGUUGACUUUGCUGCUGCCUGUCGUCUAGACUACGCUGCUAGCCUUGUUGCUGAGCCUGCGUCUGCGUCUGUCUGUCCUCCGUCCGUCGGGGGUGAGUGUGCUCUUGGCACGGACGUCCUUGAGGACAGGCAGGAGGACUUUGACUCUCUUGCGGCUGCUGUACCUCAUCUCGUGGCCUGGUUGCUUGCCCCUGAGGGAGACCCGGAUGCGCUAGACAUCCCCACUCCGCGCACUUACGCAGAGGCGAUCUCGGGUCCCUACUCCUCUCAGUGGCAGACAGCCAUGGACGCAGAGAUGGCAUCCUGGAAGUCCACAGGCACCUACGUCGACGAGGUUCCCCCUCCUGGGGCGAACAUCGUCGAUGGCAUGUGGAUUUUCAGGGUGAAGCGGCCGCCAGGUUCUCCGCCUGUCUUCAAGGCUCGUUACGUUGCUAGAGGCUUCAGUCAGCGUCAGGGGGUCGACUUCUUCCAGACCUUCUCCCCCACCCCGAAGAUGACCACUCUUCGGGUUCUGCUGCACGUUGCUGCUCAGCGUGACUACGAGCUUCACUCUCUUGACUUCAGCAUAGCGUUCCUGCAGGGCAGCCUGCACGAGGAGAUCUGGCUGCGCCGCCCACCUGGCUUUACUGGGUCGUUUCCCCCUGGUACCCAGUGGAGUCUCCGCCGGCCAGUCUACGGUCUCCGCCAGGCGCCACGUGAGUGGCACGACACACUGAGGACUACUCUUGCGGCUCUUGGGUUCGCGCCGUCUACUGCUGACCCGUCGCUGUUUCUGCGCACAGACACGUCGCUGCCGCCGUUCUACAUUCUCGUGUACGUCGACGACUUGGUCUUUGCUACUGCUGACACUGAGGCACUCGCUCGUGUGAAAGCUCGCCGCACCAUCACCCUGACUCAGUCACACAUGGUGCAGCAGGUCCUUCAGCGCUUCGGCUUCCAGUUCUCCUCACCACAGGCCACACCUCUGGCUACCAGCCACUCGCUCUCAGCUCCACCUUCGGACGAGUCCGUAGAGCCGAGUGGCCCGUACCCAGAGCUUGUAGGCUGCCUCAUGUACCUGAUGACUUGCACGCGACCUGACCUCGCGUACCCUCUUAGCAUCCUUGCUCGUUACGUUGCGCCUGGGAGACACAGGCGAGAGCACUGGGAGGCUGCUAAGAGGGUGCUGCGUUACCUGUGCAGUACAUCAGGCAUGGGGCUGGUGCUUGGAGGACGCGACAGAGUUGUCCUCACUGGUCACUCGGACGCCUCUUGGGUGGACGACCUGGCUACGCAGCGGUCGUCACAGGGUUACACCUUCAGCCUUGGCUCUGGUUCUGUCUCGUGGCGGUCCACCCGCUCUUCCUCUGUUCUCGGCUCUAGUUGUGAGGCUGAGAUCUACGCCACAGCCAUGGCUGCACAGGAGUUACGCUGGCUCACCUACCUGCUGACUGACUUGGGAGAGCGGCCUAGUUCUCCUCCAGUUCUGUACGGUGACAACAAGGCGGCUCUUGCCUUGUGUCAGGAGCACAGACUGGAGCACAGGACGAAGCACAUUGCUCUUCGCUACUUUCUUGCUCGAGAGCUUCAGCAGCGCGGUCAGCUUCGGCUUGUGUACGUGGACUCGAAGGCCAAUACUGCUGAUAUCUUCACCAAGGCGCUCCCGCCUAGUGAUCAUCAGCGGCACUGUACUUCUUUAGGCCUUGUGUCCACGUUUCCUCACUUGCUCACUGCUUGA